AUGAUAACACCUCAGGCAGAUGUAUGGACACUUGGUGUUCUGAUGACAGACUUACUUGGCAGGAAAAUUCGAAUAGGUGGUGCUAAGAGUAGAUCAAUGCUGCAAAGAGCGGUCGGAGGCAUUUGGAAUAUCGACCGCUUCUCUAGACUAAGAGGGGAUCUGAGGGAAUUCUUCACUAGGACUUUUACUUACUCCUAUGUUUUACGCCCAAAUAUUCCAGAGCUUCAAGAACUCGCCUUCUUCAAGUACGUUAAUUGGGACGAAGUGGAAUCACUUUACUAUAGACCACCUUUCACAGGCUAUCAGUUGAAACAAAUCUCUAGAAAAAUAGAACUUAGAUUUGAUCCCUACAAUCCAAGUUUAUUGACAUCUAUGUACAGUAAGCCGAUGCCACAAGUUGUGAAUGGCAGAUUGAAAUACGAAUACGACCAAACUGGAAAUCCAUAUGUUGUAGCGGUCGAACCCGAGCCAUCACGAUUCCGCGAGAUCGGCUUUUCAACAAUGCAAGUCACCGAAUAUUUGGAAAAAUUCAAUUUUAUCCACCCAACUUUAAAUUGCUAUCGAUUUUUAUUAGACGGUAAAACCACUGUUAAAUAUGUUGAAGAUGAUUCCUGA